GACUGUGUUACUAGUCCAUAUGUGUCAGAGUGUGAAACUGUCUGUGGUUCAUCUUCAUGUUGAAAAAUAACAAGAGAAAGAGAGGGCGGAAAUAAAAUGUGUGCUCUUGAGAAGACAAGGCAAAGUUUUGAAAAUGAGGACAUACACCAUUUUAAGCUUGCUUCUUUUGCUGAGUGAGGGACUUCCUGUUGUGGUCUUUGCAGAAAAUCUAACAGUGACGGUGGGAGAAGACUUCACAGAAGAAUGUUGGUUUUAUACACCUGGAAGUAAAAAAAUCUUCUGUAAAAAUGACUGUAAUAAAGAAGAAGACAUUUUAGUGAAUACUACAAAGGACAGAGCGGAGAAUGGCAGAUAUAGUAUUCAAUAUGAGGAAGAGACCAACAUUAUGUCAGUGAGAAUUGAAAAGGUGCAGAUGUCUGAUUCGGGACAGUACCAGUGCAAGUUGGAAACGAUUUUGUCUAAUAUCUGGUGGGUUAAAGAUGUCAGCGAUGAAUUUAAGAUCCAAGUCACAGAAGAUUUUUCUGAUUUAUAUGUCAUAAACGGGACCACCAUCAGACCUGAACAUGAAUCACAGUCUCCAGCACCACACGACUCGCCACCAUCAGCAGAUUUUCUAUUGUACAUGGGAACUACAGUGGUUCUGGGGUCCCUCUCUGUUGCUCUCCUCAUAUUUUACUGUAAAAAGAAACUAAACAAAGACAAAGAAGUUCCAGUGAACAGUGAAUCUGCUGAAGGCCUAGAGGGGGGCAGGGAGUACGAGGAGGUCCCGGAGCAACAGGUCCAGAGCUCUCCUGACUUUUACAGUUUGGCCUUAGCUCCAGCUCAGGCAGAGAGCGUUGACUGCAUUUACCAGAACACAGAACCUGGACUUUACUGACCCAAGCCACACCUACAACACCCUGUUUAUCCAGCAGACACUUUGCAAAGCAGUGGUCUCCAAAUGUUUUCCUCUGGUGCGCUACUUUUACAAACCGAAAAUACCAGAGAGCUACUUGUUUUAACAGUCACAAGAAAUGACUAUAUAUAAAAAGCCACGUGGCACAGUUAGAUGCCUAGAAAACAUAAACCAUUAUCCAUUUAUUAGUGCACAAACUUACACUGCAAAAAACCUAAAUCUAGCCAAGUUGAGAUGACUAGAAUUUAGAAAGUUUUAUCAUUUAAGUAAAUUUCACUUGACAACUAAAAUGAUCUACCAAUGGAAAAGACUUUUGGUACUUAAAAUAUGAAAACACAUCUUGCUACAUUUAAAAUAAGAAAAAACAACAACUUUAUACACUUAAAAUAAGAAACAAAAUCUAAUUUUGCUUGAAUUGAGAAAAAACAAAACAAAAAUACACUUAUUCCAUUGGUAGAUAAUCUCACUUGUCCAGUUAAAUCUACUUAAAUAAAGCAAAAUGUUCUUAAUUUAAAUCAUUUUAGCUAGUACUGGAUUUUUGCAGUGCAGGCAUCAAAAAAACGCACGCACACACACAGAC